GUAGUACAUGAAGUAUUUACAAAUAAAAAUUGGGUUUGUUGUGGACUGAUUGUGUCUUUCGCAGAAGGGUAUCCAAAUAAAUAUGGAUUUUAAGUAAAAUAACAUUGGUAUUGUAAAGUAUAUACAAUGGGUAACCUAGAGUCUGUGGCUAAAGUGAACAUUGGACAUCUCGAUGGUAGCUGUUCCCGCGAACUCGACCUCAGUCGCGCCUUAACUUACGAGCAAUACCAGAAACACCUAAGUGAAGAUGACCCAGAAGCUCUCCAUGAGAUCCCUGAUGAUCUUGUCAACAUCUACAGUACAUCAUUUUAUGAGAAAAUCAACUUGUCUUGCAACUGUAUUUCAGUGAUUCCUUAUGAACUCUCCACAUAUCUGCCACAUCUUGUAUAUUUAGACUUGAGCUACAACAGAGUGUCUUAUCUGCCAGAGUCAUUUGGUUACUUAUUCCAUCUUCAAACUUUACUAAUAAAUAAUAAUCAAUUGAAGGAAUUACCAGAUUCAUUCUGUUACUUAAUAAGACUGGAAAAGGCUGAUUUAUCACAUAAUCAGCUUUCUCAUUUGCCGAACAAUAUUGGCCAUUUACCAAAGCUCAAAAGCUUAAAUGUUAGUUAUAACGAACUAGUGACUCUUCCAGCAUCAUUGGGGGAAGCAACGAGUCUAACACUAAUUUUAGCAAUUUUUAACAAGUGCAAGGAUCCACCUCAGCAGAUUUGCAACCAAGGUUCAGACAUGAUCCUGGCUCAUUUCCAAAAAAACUGUCCAUCAAAGCCUGAUAAACAGACUAGUUCAAUCAACAAAUUUCCACGGAUCAGAGGUGAUGUGUUAUUAUCGGCGCACAGUAACCCAGAUACUGCUAGAGUGCAGUAUGUUCAAGCACAAACAAAUAUUAAUGCUACUAGCAGAAUUAAAACACCCUUACGACCUCCACUGGAUGGUACCGCACUACCCCCAGAUGAACUGGUUGAUAAGAUUGUUGGCUGUCUUUAUGGUGCAGCCAUAGGUGAUGCCAUUGGGCUCUGUACUGAGUUUAUGCUUCCAGAUGAGUGUAGAUUCCACUAUGAGGAACAGGACUUGAAUUAUGAUUGUAUGAUUAUGGACAGACACCGGUCAAAGUGGCAAAAAGGUGACUGGACAGACACAUUUGAUCAAACAAUAUUGUUAUUAGAGACUAUUAUUAGUUGGGCUGGUGUUGUGGAUGAAUUAGAAUUUGCCAAAGUUCUUCUUGCCUGGUGUAAACAUGGAUUUCCAGAACUAGGAGAUUCUGUCGGUAGAGGAGUCAGGGGAACCUUAGCUAAGGUUAUUUGUGAGCCUACAUUUACUAGUGAUCCUCAUGGCACAGCAAGAAGUGUCUGGGAAUCAUUUGAGUCUCCUUCCAAUGGUGCUGUCAUGAGAACAUCAGUACUAGGUGUGACACAUUUCUUUGACUUGGCUGAAAUAUCCUCCAAUGCCAUCAGAAUAUGUAAAACAACACAUCAUGAUCCAAGAUGUGUUGCCAGUUGUGUUGCACUCAGUAGCAUGGUUGCAUUAAUACUUCAAGGCCACCAUGACCUUUCUGACAAGACAUCUCUUGAGGAGCUGAUUGAUAAAGCUAAGGAAAGAAAUGAAAGCUUUCUUACAGAGGCACAUCAUCAGAAGGACUACAAUCAUUAUUUCAAAUGUGAAACAUGGGAUGAUUUAGAACUGUGUGAGCCCAGAAUGAUAGACUACACUUUUAAAACUGUUGCUGCUGGGCUUGUUGGUUUAAGGUCAAUGAAAGACUACAGGACUACUAUUAGUGAGUUAGUGAUGCAGGGUGGACACACCACGUGCAAUGCUUCAGUAGCUGGUGCUUUGUUGGGUUGUAAAUAUGGUUACUCAAAGCUACCCAAACAAUGGGUCGAAGGUCUGUUACCCAAACAAGUGACUUGGCUUAAUAGAAAAAUCAACUCGCUGUUGGACAUGAUGGCACUUCCUUAGCUUGCUUUCAAGACUGUUACAACUCCUGUGUUGCGUUAACAAAGACUUGUGGUUCCCUGUUCAAUCUUUGGAAGUUGACAGUAGCCUUCAAGGCAAUAAGAUAGUAAUGAGUAGUCAGCAAUAUCAUAGGAUGUACUUACUUGGCUGACAGUCACGGCCAAUAGUGACAAGAAUGUUUAUUGUCAUUAGAACAGACUUAAAAUAAGUGUAAAAAAUACGUCAUGCGCACGAUCACGGUAAUGAUUGGUGACGUCAAUCACCUUACUCCAAUGAUUCUUCCAUAUGGGUCGUCAGUAUCAAAUCACAGCUAAUACGAAUUUUGUUGAUAAGGGCAGUGCCAUACUUAGUUUGGGAAAUGCUAGAGGAUUUAGAUAGUAGAUAAUGAUUAGUAGAAACUGAUAUCUUUUAAAGCUGACUGCUGAUUGGCGAAUUAAUUCGUGAAAGUGGACCCUUAUCUUUCAUCCAAUCAAUGCUCUCACACAGCACCGUGACGGCACGUUACCGUGAGUUUUUCACAAUCAUAAAAGAUUCGCCCUGCCUUGACGGAUAAUAUUGGAAUAAAAAAGGCAAUAGUUCUAUGACUAGCGUAGAAACGGCGUUGAUAAUUAGUUCAAGUUGUGCAAUGGAAAGUAUAAUAAUGCUUAAUAUAAAAUAUUUUUAAAACUUGAACAUAGAGUUUUGCGCGCUUUGAUUGGUCGAGCGACCAGUGAUUAUGAGACGGUAUUUCCUGAGAAGUGACUAUGACUAAGUUUUGCAGAGCUGAAGUAACUCUACUAAACGUUUCCCCCUCUGAUAUUCAAGUCUUAAAUUCUACUAAAACAAUUAUUCACCUCAAGCUCAGUGAAUAUGAGGAUCAAUAUUUACCUCAUAGCUCGGUAAUUAUUCCCCAAAAUUCACUUCGCCUUCGGCAAAUAAUUGUUAAAUAAUCGACUCUGGCAAUGUUUUAAAAAAAAUUUAAUGCGAGAUUUCUUACCAGACGAUAGAUACUGUAAACAUAAUAUUUAGCUUUUGUUAAAAAGAUUAGACGACAAUAAAAUAAUUAUACAAUAAAA